AUGGCUAAUAUCUCUCGUCGGUCGACGCGCCGCUUGCGAGAUACAUCUGACAGCAUGGCUUUGCUUGACCAUUGCUUCAACAUGCAACCGUCGCCAAAGACCAAGGCUGCCCACAGCCCAGAACCACCCUUGAAGCGGUCACAGACUACGAUUCGACUGCGGCUUCAGCAGCGAUGCUUGAGACCAGAGACGUGGUGGAAAUCUCUCACGGCGUUUAGUCCCCUUAAUGAGGGCUUAGAACAAAAGUUGCAACAUGAGAGAGCCGUUGCCCAGGAGGAAGCUCGACAGGAGUGGAUGCAACGUCUGCGGCCCAAACCUCACCGGCAAUGCCCACCGGCAAAAUGA